AUGCACUCACCAAUUUUCUCACAUACUAUUGCACCCAUUACCACACCACACACUAACAAUGCACCUGCAUCACAACACUCUGACAUCACACAUGACUGCAUUACUAGAAAGUCUGAAAGAGUCAAGAAACCGCCUGCUUAUUUGAAGGACUAUCAUUGUAUGACAACCCACACAUCUCACUCUAGCAACGUUGCCAACUCUAACUCUUUAUAUCCUAUCUCACAACACUUGUCAUAUGAUAAACUAACCCCAAAAUAUAAGUCACUUUCUCUAGCCAUCACCUCAAAUCAAGAACCUAGCACUUAUGAGGAAGCGGAAGUUUAUAUGAAGAUACCACCCGGUUUGGCUGUGUCACAACCAGGUUUGGUUUGUAAAUUGCAAAAAUCUCUAUAUGGGUUUAAGCAAGCAAGCAGGCAAUGGAACAUUAAGCUCACUCAGACUCUUGUGGAUGCUGGUUAUAAGCAGUUUUUUUAUGAUCAUUCACUCUUCAUCAAGAAACAAUCUAAAAGCUUCACUGCCAUUCUAGUAUAUGUUGAUGACUUGGUUUUAACCGGGAAUGAAAUUGGUGAAAUCAAUUCCAUCAAGCAAGAUUUGGAUGACAAAUUCAAAAUAAAAGAUCUCGGUGAUCUCAAAUACUUCUUGGGAAUGGAAGUAGCACGCUCUAACUCUGGAAUUCACAUUUAUCAGCGGAAGUACACCAUGGACCUUCUCAGAGAUUUUGGUUAUCUAGAUUGCAAGCCUCUUUCUACUCCAUUUGAUUAUAGUCAGAAACUCUCAAAGGAAUCAGGUACCAUUUUAACAGACAACACUGUUUACAGACAGCUCAUCGGCCGACUCCUUUACCUCACAAACACUAGACCCGAUAUCUCUUAUGCUGUGGGACGUUUGAGCCAAUUUUUGAACUGUGCAACCACUUCUCACCUACAAACUGCUUUUUGUGUACUCCGAUAUUUAAAAGGCCGACCUGCAACUGGUCUCUUCUUCUCCUCUACUUCUAAUAUGCAUCUCACUGGAUUUGCCGACGCUGACUGGGCUACCUGUGCCGAUACUCGUCGCUCCGUUUCCGGUUAUUGCUUCAUGCUUGGGAACUCGCUCAUUAGCUGGAAGAGUAAGAAGCAAACCACAGUUGCCAAGUCCUCUGCAGAAGCUGAAUAUAGGUCUCUUGCUGUUGCCACUUGUGAAGCUAGUUGGUUAUCUUUCUUCAAAACUGUCAUCCAUGACAUGCGAAAGCAGUUUUUUCCUUCGAGUUUGGAGUGA